GCGGACCAAUCACGAGCCGAGGAUCGCAGCACCAGCCACUUCAGUCUUGAACUCGAUCGAGGAAUAGUCGGGCUGCCGGUUCGAGCGAAACAAAAUUCUCAGUGUGGAAAAAUUCAAGUUCACGUAGAAUAAUAAACAGAAGGAAGUACGUGUGACCGUCUGUGGUCGAACGGAGCUGUUGUAUUCCCCCGUGCUCGCUGGUGAGAGUGUCAAUUCAGAAAAACCAAAAUGUCUGAUCGAAAGGCUGUAAUCAAGAACGCUGACAUGUCAGAGGAUAUGCAGCAGGACGCCGUGGACUGUGCGACUCAAGCACUCGAGAAAUACAACAUUGAAAAAGACAUUGCAGCCUUCAUCAAAAAAGAAUUUGACAAAAAGUACAAUCCAACGUGGCAUUGCAUCGUAGGACGUAACUUCGGCAGCUACGUGACGCAUGAAACAAGACAUUUUAUUUAUUUCUACCUGGGCCAGGUAGCCAUCCUCCUUUUCAAGAGCGGAUAAACUGAAUUCUUAUUUUAUGUUCUACCAUCUUUUCUUCCUCCCUUCACACACGCUACAUGGAAUACCUUAAAUCACGUCGCCGUCUGUAAGAGAAAUUACAUUUUGUAUACAAUGGAAAUUUGUUUUACAAGCAAAACUGCCGCUCCCAGUAAAAGAGUAAAAGUAUACACACACACGCGCACACGCACACACACAUACACAGACAGACCAACAUACACGUACAGAGACAGACACUCAUUGGUACUAUUGACUUGCUGUUUUACUUAUCACGGGAGAUAAGACAAUGACGAACAAAAAUUGUGUAGAGAAAUAUAAAGAAAGAUAGGUGAGGUAUUUAGCCGAACGUAACGAAGGGGAAAAAAAACUAAUUUGACAUACGAUCUUACGCGCUAAGAUGUAUCGUGUAUGCCAGAAAGUUUGUUGUGUUCUUGUUUUAUAUUAGGUAUAUAUAUAUUAAUGAUGCGAAGUUGAGUUCAAUGCUGGCGAUCAUGAAAAAAAAAUUAAAUAAAUCUUUAGUGUACCAACACACACUAAGUGCACCUAAA